AUGAAGGUUCGCGCGUCGGUGAAGCGGCUGUGCGAAGCGUGCCGCGUGGUGCGGCGGCGCGGGCGGGUGUACGUGGUGUGCGCGACAAACCCCAAGCACAAGCAGCGGCAGGGGUUUCACACCGAGACCGUGGACGGGUCAUCGCAGCUAUCAGCAUUUGACUGCACCCACCACCACAACAUGACAAGAAACGCCGCCCUCGUGUCGAGCCGCGCAUUCUCUCUCUUCCCCCGCAUUAUUCCCACACACUCCCACUCCCUGCCCUCCACGUUCGCACCAUCACCAUCGCCGUCCACAGCAGCAGUUACAGAAAUAGGGUUUGCUGGUUACCGGUUAUCUGCUCGACAAAUUGCCGCAAAUAUACUAGGCUUCAAUAGUGCUUGA